AUGUUGAUUGCUUUCAACGAUGAAGAAACUAUUUCGAGGAUUUGCUAUGUGGCAUGGAUACGGGAUAGGGAUCAGCAUAUCUUGACCGUCAACAACACGACGUUCAUUUCCGAUGCCCGGUUUGGGCCAAUUCACAUGCCGCAACUCGCUUCAUGGGCUCUACGGAUCAAAUACGUCGACACGAACGACGCGGGAUUCUAUGAGUGUCAAAUCUCGACAACCCCGAAAAAGAGCCGCUCCAUUGAGCUUAAAAUUGUUGUUCUUCGCGGCGUUUAG